UUAAAUAUAUUACAUUUCGUUCUUAAACCCCCCACCGGAGCACCUCUUGUUGCGUACAAUACCAGCAGCACAACGUACACCAAUGGAUGCUAAGAUCGGAAAUUUCUUCGAGUCGGUCGGAAAUUUUUUCAUCGGAGUAGAUCAGAUUCCUUGGUGCGAUUCCGAUAUCGUCACUGGUUGUGAACGUGAAGUUGCUGAGGCAGGAAAAGGUUCCUCUGAUGAACUGAAAAAUGAAUGCAUCAUGCGUCUGUCAUGGGCUCUUGUUCACUCAAGACGUCCAGAAGAUGUACAACGUGGAAUAGCAAUGCUUGAAACUUCUCUGGGUGGCAUUAAUAGUCCCCUGCAAAUGAGGGAAAAGAUUUAUCUUCUGGCCGUUGGCUACUACAGAAGCGGGGACUAUGCAAGAAGCAGGCAGCUUGUUGAUCGUUGUUUGGAGAUUGAACCGGAGUGGAGACAGGCCUUGACCCUCCGGAAAACUGUUGAAGAUAAAAUUAAAAAAGAUGGAGUAAUUGGCAUUGGCAUUGCUGCUACUGCCGUUACUGCUGUUGGACUCCUGACUGGUGGACUUAUAGCAGCUUUGUCCCGCAAGAAAUGAUCCAUCAGUAAAAUCACUAACAUGCAUAUGAUACUUCGUCACUCUGGUUCGUGUAUACAUCUGAGGCUAUCAACUCCUAUUCGCCAGCACUUAGUUUUGAUACUUGUCUUUCUUUGUUGAAACACUGACAUACUGCAACUGAAGCAAAAGGAUGUAUGUUGGCUUUGCUUGACUUGAUUGUCUAGUUUAUAUGUGAAAAAAAAACAGUGACUUGUCGAUGUUGUUGUUAAUCGUAGCAGAAAGGAAGAUCCUUUAUCCCUUUGAUA